AUUUUUUAUUUCUUUCUAGAAAAAUAUGUUGUUAUUUUUGUUUGUCUGUGCAAAGUAAGAAAUAAACAACUGAUAUUCGUUUAGCACUUUUUUGAGUGCUUCAUCUGAUGCAAUGUGACAUCCAGCUUUGGAAGAAGUUGAGGGAACUGAACGCCUCCUUAGUCGUACUGAAGGAGGAUAUUUUACAGCAGAAGAUAUAUCGCGCUAGAUCCGACUCCCUAUCGUCUGCGUCGUCGGGUACCGACAGUUUUGUGUCGGCGGAAGAAUACAAUGAUGUAAUAUUCACUGAUACGUCUGAAAACCGUGUUUUGUCGUGGAUUAAUCAGAGUGACUUUGGUGGUAAGGAAAAAGGGGAAAACGUACCCGGGACCGUGUCAGUAAAUUACGUGCCACGGUCUCCGACUUGUAGUGACCCUGAAAGAAAUAGGAAAUGGAUCUUUCGGGAUCAUUUGCAUAAUUCAUGCAUUAGUGAAACAUUAAUUAAGAAUUGCCGAAUAUUAAAUUCGGUUGCAAACUCAGUACAUACGUACCUAGGGAGUGCAAAUGAUUUACAAGAUGUGUUUUAUUCCUACAGUUUAGAUCCAUUUCUGAUAAACUUGCAAAAAGCAAACAUGAUGAAGUGUACGGAAGAAACGGAAAUCAUAUCCAGAAGGGAUUUUACUUAUUACAAGUCAUCACUUCGUUUGCUGGGCUCAGUUCGGAUGCAAAGCAGAAUAUUUGAACCCAGUCUAACUAAAUGGAGACCAUUUGCAUUGUCUCAAACCCCAGACAGUUAUAUCAUUGUUCCCCCAAAAGCAUUUUCGAGCAUUCAACCGAGGCCGAAGUUACACAGACUUGCAAAUAUUUUCGAAAGUGGAACAUUAUUUUUACAUACUGUAACCAAUGACGCAAAAGAAGUUGAUGAUAGAGACAAAACUAAAAUAGAAGAAAAGGAAAACAGAGAAAAUUUAGAAGAAACAGGAAAAUCCGAGACAUCGCUUUCUGCAGAGCAUGUGGGGAACGAACCAAAUCUUGAACGUAGUCAAAGUGAAUCUGACGAUGAAACAACUGGUGAUUGCAAUGGGUACAAACAUGAUACAAAAAGAGUGUCAGAAUUUGACAUAUAUUCGUUUAGUAGUGAUUUUCUAGAGAUGGAGGACGGAUUUAUAACAUGUCGGAUAAUGACUCCUGAUAUGGAACAAGAACUGAAACAGGCUGUGCUCCAGCAAGACGAGUUUGAAUAUCUAACAAUUGUUGACGGUCGUGUAACGUUUGCACCUCAUGCAAAAGAUACUGAUAACGAAGAAUCGUACUUCUUAGGCUGGUUGUUUGAAAACAAGGAAUUUGAAAAUGUAGACGAGUCGUUCUACAUCAACAGACUAUUUGAAGAAACGGAUGAUCAGGAGAUUGAUGAAAAUAUGGACGAUUUUAACCUCAUCAGUUGUUUACUUAAAGACAUCCAGCUGGAAUCCGGAACAAUGAGUGAGGAAAUAAUAAAUUCAUAUAACGAAAGUGAGCUAUUUCACGACAUGGAUGUCGAUACUGUAUUACCUAAUCAUAAAUGUACAGAUUCGUUUUUAGCUAGUCAAUUAGUUAACGAAGAGGGUGAUGAAAAACUUUUAGAAGACAGAGACACAAAAGCGCACCAUCUAGAAGACGUUGCAUUAAAUACUGUUGCAUCGGGUUUACCACAGCAUUUAGAAAACGAGAUCGAACAUCAAAACAACAAAUAUAGUUGCGAUCAAACCGAUGAAUAAUUCUAACGAUCAUUAAUUUUCUCUUAAAGCAAGAGACGUCUACUAACAGGCAGCUAAAAAAAAGAAUAUGUGCUAUGAAUUCCAAACAGAUGUUUGAUAGAAAAUGUAUGUGCUAGCAAAUGUAUUUAAAUCCAGCAUUUUAGGCUGUAAAUUUUUUAAGUGAAAAAUGGCCUCAAAUCAUUCGGGUAGUCUGUUAUUGUGUAGAGCAGGCUGUUUUAUCAAGGAUUCGAGGAUGAACAAGUGUUAUGUAACUUUUAUUUAACGUUCGAGGCAUCGAACACAAAGUUUAAAAUUACUUUAGAACACUUUUAUUGAGAUAAGAAAUAUGGUGAACUGAGUGACCAAGAACAACCUUAGCGCACAUACAUUAGCUGCGAGUAAUAUACAAGUGUGUUGGUGUACAUUUGUAUCUAUAGGAUUACUAUUUUGUUUCUCGUGGGUAGUGCUAUGCUAAAAUCGUUUAAAAAUUUAUUCAACAUCGCUAAAAUUCUUAGAAUUACAUUUGAGUUUUUAUUGUUUCUUGUAGACUUACUAGUCUAAACAUUAAAUUAUCAAUCCCGAGA